AUGCUCCGAGACGGAAUUCUGGAAGGAAUACCAGGUGAACGAGGCGUCGGAAAACACACGAUAAAGACUUUCUCUCGAUCAGACGGAGAGAAAGUGUUGGAACUGGUCGUGAAGGAGGAUCAUCGAAAUCCGUGCGGAAGCGAAGACACUUACUGGGUCGAGGCGCUCUUCGAGAAUGAUGGACCUGUCGAACAUCGUCUCAACGCAGCGUUCGAUAUCAAAGCGCUGAAGGUGAACGUCAACGAGCUCAAGGUUUACUCGUACAACUACUCGCGUACAAUUCGCAGCGUCUACUCUAUUGGUGGCGACGCAGAAGGAGCUUUUACGAUACUUAAGAAGGUGGCUUGUGGAGACAAUUUGGACACGGCCACCGACGAAAUGGACGUGAUUCUGACCGCUGUCGAGAAUAUCGAGCAUGAGAUUUAUGUUGUGUUGACUCAUGGCCGCGUGGUUCAACCUCCCAAUGACGUCACUGUGGAAAGUUCUACCCCAGGAAAGGUUACCACCACCACCCGCGAAUCGACUACCUCGCGCACCACGCGAAAAGUCGACAAUCCUCCAGUGAAACUGAAUUCGCUUUCCGCAUUCACAUGCGUACGUGGUGUUUACUGCGAGAUGACCAUACCGGAAAGCACGUUCAAGGACGUCGAGGACGGGGACACGUUCAAGCUUCGACUUUCAGUGCAGCCAAUCGGCAAAAAGGAUUCGUGGAUGUUCUACGACCACAAGAAGAUCAAGGGUGUACCGAUGGAGGAAGGCGAGCAUGAGUUCCGAUUAGAAGCUCGAGACAAAGCUGGACAGAUGGCUUCCGCCCCAUUCAAAGUGUCGGUGACGCCGUCGUUCCCGUUCAACCACCUCGUCACCCUCGAGCUCGACACCCCCGUGCUGCGAUUCUCACGGCCGUCAUCGCUUUCCUCGUUCGCACAUCAGUUGGCCAACGCUUUCCGCUCUAAACCGGAUGCAAUCACCAUUCGAAACAUCACAGGGAACACGACGAAGACCCAGGUCUCGUGGAGCAACAACACGGUCCCUCACAAGACUUGUGCUCGCGAUGCCCUCGACAACAUCCGGUUCACGAUGCUCACUCGACAGCGCUCACAGACAAAGAUCGAGUUUGUAAAGCAGAUCGGCUCACAAUUCCACGUCCGAAAAGCCAGCCUGGACCUGCGAGGUAGCUGUCUCGACAAAGAAGUGGAGAUGGUUUCCACAGCGCCGACGAUGGAGGCUACCGAGCAAGCCGCCUUCCCGUGGAUGGUUCUCAUUGGAGUGCUCCUCCUACUUCUUCUGCUCGCUAUCCUGAUUCUAGCUGUAUGCAGCGCGAUGAGGAGGAACAAGAAGAAGGAGAAACCCUCCGACUACAUGGAGCAAAAGGAGGCGCUGCAUUGGAACAAGUGCCCAUUGAGAUGGAAACUGAUGAAGAUUACUUCGAGAAAAUGGUUCAAGAAGUACAAGAGGACGAAGAGAUGA